AUGCGGCUCAAUCCAGGUGUCGAAGGCGGGGUCAGACAAGACGCUGGGUCGCAAGAAGCUGAGCAAUCCGUUUAUCAAAUGGAGGAUCAGGAUCGGAUUGCAAAGGAUCAUAAGGUACAGGAUUGUACGGUUUUCCAGUAUCAACUCGCAGCUGUUCCAGAAGAGGGAGGCCAUGAUGAGUGUUUGGCGUGGAUGGUACCAGUUGGCCGUUCUGGCAGACUGCGUUUGACUGGUGCGGUCGGUCGAGUCAUAGGUGGUUGGAGGAGAGGAAGGGAUGCGUGGCCUGGUAAUGGAAGUUGUUGA